AUGCAUCCCUUCUUCUCCGUGACACUGUACACGGGCCAGCAGCUGGUGCUGGAGGGCCUCCAACGAUGGGUCACCCGCCCCUGCAAAGAGCUGGAGAACCGGCGGCAGAGGGCUUCCCUGCGCGCGCUGGCCAUGCUCCUGGUGAAGACCACCGCCACGGGCAUGCUGGCUGCCGUGCUCGAUGCGGCCAUCGAGUACCGCAGCCGGCAGCUCCUGGCGGCCGCUGAGGAGGGAGAGAGGGAGGCACCCGCGCCCUCCCGACUCGCGAGCAUUGGCCUGAUCUCGCGGCCCGGGGUGGCUGCCUGGAAGGCACGCCUCCUCCAGGCCAUUGAUGAGAUGGAGCGCCGCGCGGAGCGGUAUGGCCUUGGACCCUCGUCUCGCCUUGCUGCGGAGGCCCAGACAGCUGCUGCGCCCAAGGACAAGGGACUCGCGCAUGGACCGCAUGGCUGUGGUAGCCUGGCAGAUUUCGAGGCUGAUGCCGAGACGGAGGCCAUCCUGAGCCAGACCGUGCAGCAGCUGCAGGAGCUGAUGCGCCAGAGCGGUCGUGCGGAGUCGAGUGAGCCGGCGUGCGAGCGCCAGGUUGACACGCUGUUGGACAGCCUCCUGGGUGCGGGGCUCGGAGAGCGCGGGGCCGAUUUCUGCCUGGAUGGCGGCGUGCUGGCCGACCCAGGAGUCUGCGCCGCCGCCGCCCGCCGCCCAAGGCGGGUACGGGUUGCGCCCGACGGCGCCGUCGAGGGCUGCCAGAUCUGCAUGGACGCUGGCGUGUCUGUGGCCGUGGCCGGCUGCGGCCACGAGUUGUGCUUCGGCUGCGCCCGCCAGCUGUGCUCCGCGCGCGAGCACCUGGUGCCGGCCUGCCCCUUCUGCCGCCAGCCCAUCGAGGGAUUCGAGGUCGUGGCUGCCGAGGACGAGCGCCUGGCCGCGAGUGACUAG